GGCUAGCUGACAUUCCCCUCCUUGUGGCGAUGACAAAGUUCUUUCAGAAUUCCCUGCUGCAGCACAAAACACGCUAUCAGCUUUUGGCUACGGUUAUUGUUAACAUCAUAACUUUUGGCCAUGGAGUGGGCGUUGGGUGGCUGUCCCCCACGUUGACCAAAAUUCAACAUCCCGACUCGCCGUGAUUUGAAGUGAAUCUUGCUGAAAUAUCCUGGCUGGGAUCUAUGUUGGGUUUGGGAAGUUUGUGUGGCAAUUUGACCAUCGCUCUGUUAAUUGAACGAGCCGGCAGGAAAUUCUGUCUGUAUUUGAUUGCAGUUCCCUAUGCGUGCCUCUGGGUUUUGAUUUACUGUGCAUCGAAUGUAUACUUCCUAUAUGCGGCCAGAUUUUUAUGUGGAUUUACUGGAGGAGCAGGAUAUGUGGUUGUGCCCAUUUUCAUCAGUGAAGUGGCCGACAGCAGCAUUCGAGGAGCUCUCACUUCCAUGGUGAUGUUAUCCGUUGAUUUGGGAAUACUGGCAGGUUAUAUAGUCAGCACUUUGUCUUACCACGUCGUUCCCUUCUUGGGCAUUAUCUUUCCUGUGGCCUAUUUUAUUGCCAAUUUAAUGCUGCCAGAGACGGCGCCAUAUUUAUUAAAGAGAAGUCAACUUAGUGCAGCCGAGAAUUCUUAUAGAUACUAUAGAAAUCAGAGAGAUGCGAGGAGUGAAGAAACUUCUAAAUUAAACUUUGAGGAGCUUCGUUCUGCCGUUCUGGCUCAGCAGACAAAGAACUCUUCUCCACUGAGCUAUAAGGAUUUGAUUACCAAACCUGCCUUGAAAGGCUUUGCUGCCUCGUGUGUCCUGAGCUUGGGAUAUCAAUUUAGUGGAGUUUUUAGCUUCAUUAAUUAUAUGUCGGAUAUAUUCAAGGCAUCUGGCUCGAUUGUUGAUGUCAACACUGGAACCAUUAUCAUAGGAGUAGUACAAAUCGUGGGAGUUUAUACCUCCACCAUUGUGGACAUUGUGGGAAGACGUCUCUUAAUGUUACUCUCAACUUUUGGAGUGGGAAUCGGAUGCAUUGCCUUUGGCUGCUUUACAUACUUUGCACAACAUCACGAUCUCAGUGAUUACAAUUGGCUGCCUUUGGUCCUGAUGAUAUUCAUCUGUUACGUGGGUAAUAUUGGACUGAUUGGAAUCUUUUUCCUAGUGUUGGUGGAACUCUUUCCAGUAAAGAUCCGCUCACUGGCCACUUCCAUUUCUGUGAUAUUCCUGAGUAUUUUGGUUUUUGGAACCCUGAAGUUAUUCCCACUGAUGAUGCACUAUUGGGGAAUUUCGAUUACCAUGUGGUUCUCUGCCGGCUCAGCCUUGCUCACCUUCCUUUACUUCUGGCUAUUUCUACAGGAAACCAAAGGGAAAUCUAUGAUUGAGGAUUAAGGAAUAAAUAAGUAGAUACUGGGGAGCCUAUAUAAAAUAUUGAU